AUGUUGAUUGCCUUGACUGCGGCGCAGAGGUGUCAGACUUUGACCUUUUUGGACAUAUCUGAGCAAUAUAUGCAGAAGAAUGAUACACGUUUUAAUUUUGCCUUAACUGAACACCUUAGGCAGGACAAACCUGGCAAGGUGUUUGGCAAUGUACGCCGUUACAAGUACAGUAUCCAGUAAGGGAACUGUGUGUUUAUGAAACAUUAGAUUAUUACCUACAGGCUACUGAAAAGCUCAGGAAUUUUUCAAAAUUGCUUGUUUCGUACAUUAAGCCCUAUAAGGCAGUAGCCUUGUCUACUAUUGGGGGCUGGAUCAAAACUUUGUUGGGACAAGCAGGGGUUGAUACAGAAAUAUUUUCUGGUCAUAGCACUAGGUGUGCUUCGACGAGUAAACUGAGUAAAUCUCUUAUGUCAGUUUCCACUGAUGUGAUUCUAGCUACAGCUGGUUAG